AUGUUUACGAGGAAAAAGCGCUCAUCUAAUUUGGAUGAGAUUGAUAUGGCAAAAUUACAAUCACUGAUAGAUAAUUUGGAUAAAGAUAAAACUGGACGAGUAAAAGUGACUGAUCUAGCUAAUGCUCUCCAAGAAAUGGAUGAUAUUCAUCCGAAACAAGAAGUAAAGAAACAAGUAAGACGAUUUCUUUCGUCAUUAAAACCGAAAGGCGAUAGAAUUGAUACAAAAACAUUUUUAGAAAUAAUGCUAGAACGAGAAAAACAAUUAAAAUUAAGUUUUGACGAAAUCGAUUUAAACAAAGAUGGAGUUGUAGAUCCACUAGAAUUAGCCAAAGCAUUUAGUCGACUGAAAGUAGUAUUGAAAAAGAAAGAUUUGAUGAAAAUUAUUGAAGUCAUUGAUCGCGAUAAGAGUCUAACAAUUGGACUUGAUGAAUGGAUGCAAUAUUUUCGUUUUGCACCAAGUACAGAAUUAGAAGCAUCAUUACGAUCAUGGAGAAGAGGUGUACAACUGGAUACGAUAAAUGAACAAACAAUGCCAAAUUCAUAUACAGAAAAAGAACAUGAAAAUGGAUUUUGGGCAAGACAUUUCAUUGCUGGAGCUAUAUCAGGAAUGGUAUCACGAACAGCUUCAGCACCUCUCGAUAGGCUAAAAAUCUACAUGCAAGCUACGGGGAAAGCAAAAGUGUUUUCAACAGCAUCAAAAUUAUAUGCCGAAGGAGGAGUAAAAUCAUUUUGGAGAGGCAAUGGGAUAGCUGUAUUCAAAAUGACACCUGAAAUGGCUAUUCGACAAGGAAUAUUUGAAACUUUAAGAGAAAUGCGUGGGGAUUAUGAUGAGUUGAUUAUUAGUCCAAUAUCAAGUAAAGAAUUAUUUGGCUUUGGAUGUUUAUCAGGUUUUCUGGCGCAGACAUGUAUUUAUCCAUUGGAAGUUCUGAAAACACAGGCUGCUAUGCGAACAACUGGCCAAUACAAGACAAUAUUUGAAUUAAUAAGAAAACUGUAUAAUGCUGAAGGAUGGAGAAUAUGGUAUCGUGGUUAUCUGGCAAAUUCAAUUGGUGUUUUUCCAGCGGCUGGAGUUGAUUUUGCUCUAUAUGAAUAUUUAAGACGUUUAUAUCGUGAAAAAGUAACGUCUCUCGAAGAACCAUCAAUGUUCACAUUAGUUAUGUUAUCGAAUAUUAGUUCAAUAUGUGCCAUGUAUUCAGCGUAUCCAUUCUAUUUGGUAAGAACUCGUCAACAAUAUCAGAUUGUUCAAGAAAGUUUAUUUGAAAUGAUCGGUAAAAUAUGGCGUAUAGAUGGAUGGCGCGGAUUUUAUUAUGGGAGUAUACCUAAUCUAAUGAAAGUGUUGCCAGCGUCGACAAUUGCCUAUCUUGUUUUUGAAUAUUGUAGCUAUUUAUUUGAUAUUGAUCGUUAA